AUGUCGAACAGACUAACAAUAUCAGAUUACUAUGAUUAUAAACUUUUGAGAGUGACAUGCAUACUAAUCAUCUAUCUUUUGCCACCAAAAUCAGGUAAAAAGGGACUUACAUUAGAAGAAAAACGUACCAAAUUAUUACAAUUUUUCAUUAAAGAUCAUCUGUUCUAUACUAUUAAAGAAGUUGAAUCAUUAGGUGGGAAAUUCACAGGGAUUCAUCCAAUGCAAAUUAAAGAAGUUUUGACAAGUUUAGUUGAUGAUGGAUUAGUUAAUUCAGAAAAAUGUGGAGUUAGUAUAUUAUUUUGGUGUUUUGAAUAUGAUAAACAAAAAAAAGUUAAAGAAAUGUUAUCAAAAGAAGAACAAAAAUUAGGAAAUUUAAAUAAACAAUUCAAUGAAUUACAAGAAAAGAUUAAAUUUGAAGAAUCUGUUAGAAAAAUUGAUGAUGCGGAAUUUAAAAUGAAUGAAAUUUCUAGAUUAACUAAUAUUAAAAAAGAAUUAACAAAUAAAUUUGAAUCAUCAGGUUUUAAUAUGGAAAAAGUUGAUGAAGUUCAAAAAAAUUUACAAAAUGAAAUUGAAAUUGGAGAAAUUUGUACAGAUAAUAUUGAAUCAAUGUUGUAUCAUUUUAAAAAUUCAAAUGGUAUUGAUAGGAAAGUAUUCAAUCAAGAAUUAGGUAUACCUGAAGAAUUUAAAGAUUUUCCAAAUUUAAAUGAAUUUUUUGCAAAGUUAAAAUGA